AGGAUGACAAAGAGCCCUAUCAUGAUUGUACAAUUGCUUAGCCAAUUAGAGUGUGCUCAUAUGCCACGUGGGUGCAAUUCAAUUGGACAAAAGAAUUAUCUACGUGUAAAAUCGAAAGAAAAAUACUUAAUUAGAUAUUUCUAAAAAAAAAAACGAAAAGAAAAAAAAGCAUCUUUCAUUUCAUCAUCCUCCAAAAAACGGCAAAGGCCAAGAACUCUGCAAUCCACAUUCUCUCUCCUCACACUUCUUUCUCUCUCUUCAACAUUUAAGUUCAUCUUCCAUUUGCAAAUGAUGUUAAUAGAUUCAACUAUGACUAUUCAUUUACAUUCAUCUUCCACUCUAUCUUAUUGCCGUUCAAUUUGGAGCUCUGAUGAUGUUAUGGGGGUCAAAGUUGCUGUUCCCUGGAAUAAAGUCAAGAAAUUGAGGGAAAACUUUGGUAGUUUUUUGAAUAAAAGGAAUGAGUCAAGGAAGAGCAGAAUUCAAGCAACUGGGAAGUAUUUAGGGUCAGGGUCAGAUCAUUUAGGAGAAAAUGGCAAGUCUAAGUAUCAUCCAUUUGAGGAUAUUUCGGAUUCCGAAGCAGCCGAAGCUGAAAAGGGUCAACUUGCUGCUUCUGAAACUUGUAGAACUAUCAUUGAGGUAAACAGCAAAGCAACUCUAAUGUUUUCUGGUAUGAUUAAUGAUGAAGUUCAUGAGAACAUUUUCUGGCCAGAUCUGCCUUACCUGACUGACGAACAUGGAAAUGUAUACUUCCAGGUGAAUAAUGAUGAAGACAUUAUGCAGUCCCUGACCUCGGACAACAACUAUGUGCAUGUCAUCAUUGGUCUGGAUACCAAAGAAAUAUUGAGUGAGAUGGAGUUGACAGGUCCAGCUACAAUUGAUUUUGGUAUCGAGGAAAUUGAUGAGGAAGAUAGUGAUUUUGAUGAAGAUGAAGACGAGGGUGAAGAUGACGACGACGAUGACUUUGACGGGGAUUGGGUUGAUAUUCUUGAAGUUGAAGAGGAUCAUGUUGAUUCAGAUGAGUCUUUGGGAGACUGGGCAAAACUAGAAACGAUGCGUGCUUCCCAUCCUAUGUAUUUCGCAAAAAAGAUUUCUGAGGUCACAUCUGAUAAUCCUAUAGAUUUUAUGGUUCAGCCUCCUGCAGGUCUGGCUAUACAAGGCCUUCUGAGACCUGCUUUUAUUGAAGAACGAUCUGUCAUCAAGAAGCACAAGUUGAUUCAGCCAGAUAAAGAUGCUGACAUCAACAUGGAUGAAAAAGCUGCAGAUACCAAUGUUGAAAAUGUUGGUUUGGUUAAUGGCCAUGCACAUCCAUCGGUUUCUCCUGAAGAUAAUUCUGAGUGGACUGAGGAUUUGGAUAAGGAUAAUGGGUUGUCUAAUGGGACUGCAUUCUAUAAGCUGGAGAUGAUUAAGAUUCAGCUUAUAUCAGCUUAUGGAAAUCAGACUGAAGUUGAGGUUGAAGAUUACAGGAAGGCACACUCUGAUGCAAUUGCUCAUUCAGCUUCCAAAAUUAUAUCUCGUGUAAGUGCUGCAGGAGAAAAGACCACCAAUGCUCUCAAAUCCCUGUGCUGGAGAAGCAAGGGUCUUCAAGUAGAGGAGGCAUCGCUUAUUGGUGUGGAUUCUCGUGGUUUCGACUUGAGAGUUUGCUCAGGAACGCAAGUACAAACAUUGCGUUUUGCUUUCACUUCUCAGGCCACUUCAGAAUAUAGUGCUGAAAGACAGCUUAACGAUUUAUUAUUCCCUAGAAGCAAUCAGAAGGUUCAAAAAGUAAAACAAACCCGUAGAAAAGAAAUCUGAAGUUGAAUGAUUAGUAAUUAUUCAAAAUUUACCUUUGAAUCUUCAGAUAGAUGCUGGAUGCCGCUGGUAUAUUUCUGUUUUAAGAUCGAGCUCUCAUGUACCUUAACUGAGAAGAUCUUCAUGUUGCAAAAGUAAUAUAAUUUGCUCUAUAGCUCGAGCUAUGUACAGCCCAUUUUUCUUCAACAUAUGCUUGCAAAAGUAACAGUUUUCCAGCAAGGUAGAGUUGAUGUUUUUAUGCUAACAUUGUUCAAAUUUGUCAUCAGUUGUAGACUGAUAGAGAGGAUGAGAGAGGAGAAAGUUAUCUCCUCUUGUACGAGGUCACAAGUUGUUUUUUUUUUUUUUCCCUAUCCCUCAUCUGAUUAAAGAGUCAGGGGAUGUGUGUACAUUAUCAUCUAGAUUUAAGUAGGUUCACGGCACAACAUAUGGUUCUGGAAAGCUUGUUGCAUGUAAUGUUGAUUACCGACAGUAGUUUCUGUCUGUGCAUUAGAAAGUUUUGAGAUUGUUUUUUGUAGUGUACAACUGAAAUUACAGGUUUUAGUAAUGGAGUUUGGUAGCUUUAUACGUAUUACUUCAUGUAUUUUAGAAUUUUGAUUUUCAAUGAAAAUAAUACUUUUAAAA